AAGGCUCUUCCAUUCUCUAUCCCUCGUGGCGCGGUAAAAGAUUGGCGCAAUUGCCGCCUUGGCUUGAGGACAACUUUGUAAGCUAUUUGGGCUUAAUAAGGUAAGCUGGAUAUCCUCAGUUGCUAUAAAUCUUGGGCGCGUAUAUCGGCUGAGAAAAUCUCUCCGCUCUUUGUAAAUAUCUCCCACCACCAUUUCCCUCUCUCUGGACUUCUUGUAACGAAGGAUCAAAAAGACCAGAGUAAAAGAGUAAAAACACCAGAAGAGGAGGUAAAGAGAUCGAGAAAGAAGCUUAAAUGUAAUAAUAAGAGAGAAAGAGACCUGGAGAAAGGAGUUGGUUUGGAGUCAGUGGGGCAGGAAGACAGAUGAAGGGAAAGGAGAAGGGGAGGGCUCUGUUUGGGAUAGCAUUGACAGAGAGGCCAAAGUGGCAGCAGUUCCUCAUAUGCUCCUCUGGGUUCUUCUUUGGCUACUUGGUCAAUGGUAUUUGUGAGGAAUAUGUCUACAAUCGUUUGCAAUUCAGCUAUGGAUGGUACUUCACCUUUGUGCAGGGUUUUGUCUAUCUGGGGCUCAUACAUCUACAAGGCUUUACCAUGAAGCAGAUGGUGAAUCCAUGGAAGACCUACGUGAAGCUAUCUGCUGUUCUUAUGGGAUCGCAAGGCCUUACAAAGGGCUCCCUGGCCUUCUUGAACUACCCAGCUCAGCUUAUGUUCAAAUCUACUAAGGUACUACCAGUGAUGAUAAUGGGGGCCUUCAUUCCUGGUCUUCGGCGUAAAUAUCCAGCGCAUGAAUACAUUUCGGCAGUACUUCUUGUGGUGGGUCUUAUCCUCUUCACCUUGGCUGAUGCCCAAACAUCGCCAAACUUUAGCUUUAUUGGCGUGGUGAUGGUAUCUGGUGCUCUUGUCAUGGACUCCUUUCUUGGUAAUCUCCAGGAGGCAAUCUUUACCGUGAAUCCUGAAACCACCCAGAUGGAAAUGCUCUUCUGCUCUACCGUUGUUGGCCUACCUUUCUUGAUUCCUCCCAUGGUUUUAACUGGGGAGCUCUUCAUAGCCUGGAAAUCCUGCUACCAGCAUCUAUAUGUCUAUGCUGUGCUGGUGUUUGAAGCAAUGGCCACCUUUGUUGGUCAGGUCUCUGUGCUCUCCCUUAUUGCAAUUUUUGGGGCCGCAACCACUGCUAUGGUAACUACAGCAAGGAAGGCAGUCACACUUCUGUUAUCAUAUUUGAUAUUCACUAAGCCAUUGACAGGGCAGCAUGGCACUGGUCUUUUACUUAUUGCAAUGGGAGUUCUCUUGAAACUUCUUCCAGAAUACAAAGACCCCAUUCUUCCUAAAGUAAAACAGCCACAGCAGCAAGGAUCUCAAGAACAAGAAGAUGAAAAGGGGCCCUUGGUCUGAAGGAGCACAGAAUAUUUGCUUUGUGAUUUUUAUUCUCUAGCUCAUUUUAGGAGUGUAAUGUCUAGAGGUAGUUGUUUUAUUGUUUAUUGUUUUAUUAUUGCUUUCUUCUUUCUAUAAGCCUUUAAGAAGGUGAGCCUCAACGCAAUGGUGAGAUUGUUCCAUUAUGACCGAUGUGUCAUGCCUCGAGUCACGGAAAAUCUCUCCACAUGCUGGGAUAAGGCUUCACCAAUCUGACCCUCCCCCAACCCCACAACUGUAGGAGCAUCAGGUAUCGGUAUGGCAAUCCCAAGUUCAAUGGACCUUACAAAUAAUGAACAAAUGAAUAAAAUUGUAUUUUCUGCAG